AUGAUUGGGCAGAGCAGAGCCUCGCGGGGUCCGUGUGGGGCACUUUACCACACAGUUGCAGUUGCACAGGUACAAGUUGGGAAAAGAAAGGCAUCAAAUCACACGCCACGAUUUUCCCGCCUGUUGACCCCAGACUUGGGAAAGACCAAGCUUUUUUUUUGUUCCGAUCCUCCUUUGCAUUUCGGGCCAACGCGGGCGAGCAGCAGGCCCAAACGGCUUCGGUUUGACAUGUGCCAGGCGGUGCAUCGCUCGCUUCACGAACUGCAGGCGAUGGGAUCAAAUAAUUGA